UUUUUCUCUCUUCCGCCGCCAAUUCUACCACCUCUUUAAAAAACUCCAUUUUUCUGCCCUCACCAGCUCACCGGUCUCUCUUUUAUCUCCCUUCGCCGUCCUCUCUCCCUUAGUCGGCCUCUCUCUCCCCUCCCUUCGGCGGCCCUCUCUUUUCUCUCUUACUCCGGCAGCAGCGAAACCUCUCUUUCUCCUCUAAACCAGCAGCAACUUGCUCCCUAAACCACUACCUUCUAAACUUCAACCAAAGCCAAAAAAUAAAGAUCUACCCCUAGAAACCCAAACCAAAAAAUCCCAAAAUUACUCUCUUUCUCUCAUUCUCAUUCUAUUUCAAGGUUUUGCUUUGCCUUCAUACUUGUACUGUUUCUUUUGUUGUAGGCAUUGAAGUUCUCCUCUACAAAAUUGGAGGGGUCAACGAAAUCAAAGUACAGGGGACCAAAGAUGGAGCUAACCCUAACUCGGCCCGAUGAUUGGCAUCUUCACCUCCGUGAUGGUGACCUUCUUCAAGCUGUUGCCCCUCACAGUGCAAGCCACUUUGGAAGGGCAAUAGUGAUGCCAAAUUUGAAGCCCCCAAUUACCACCACUACUGCCGCUAUUACUUAUCGAGAAUCCAUCUUGAAAGCAGUGCCUGCUGAUAGCAACUUUACUCCACUAAUGACACUGUAUUUAACAGAUACAACCAGUCCUGAUGAGAUCAAGCGUGCUAGAAGAAGUGGGGUUGUUUUUGCUGUUAAGUUAUACCCUGCUGGUGCAACGACAAACUCUCAAGAUGGUGUUACAGAUCUUUUUGGCAAAUGUCUACCAGUUCUUGAAGAGAUGGUCGAGCAAAACAUGCCUUUACUGGUUCAUGGAGAGGUCACAGAUCAUAAUGUCGAUGUGUUUGAUCGUGAGAAAGUGUUCGUUGACACUGUUUUGCAACCUUUAAUUCAAAGGCUUCCAAGAUUAAAGGUUGUGAUGGAGCACAUUACCACUGUGGAUGCUGUUAGAUUUGUGGAGUCUGGUGAAGAAGGAUUUUUGGCUGCAACUGUUACACCACAACAUCUUCUUCUCAAUAGAAAUGCUCUCUUCCAAGGAGGAUUACAACCACAUAAUUACUGCCUUCCAGUACUCAAAAGAGAAACCCACAGACAGGCUAUUGUUUCAGCUGUGACUAGUGGCAGCAAAAGAUUUUUCCUUGGAACUGAUAGUGCUCCCCAUGAGAGACGAAGAAAAGAAUGUCCUUGUGGUUGUGCUGGCAUUUACAAUGCCCCUGUUGCGCUAUCACUAUAUGCCAAGGUCUUUGAAGAGGCGGGUGCACUUGAUAAAUUAGAAGCAUUUACAAGCUUCAAUGGACCGGACUUUUACGGUCUACCAAGGAAUGCCUCGAAGAUUAAAUUGAUAAAGACUUCAUGGAAGGUUCCAGAGUCCUUCUUGUUUUCGUUUGGUGAUAUCAUCCCUAUGUCUGCAGGUGAAACGCUUGAAUGGCAAUCAUGCUUCUCUUGAUUUUAUUUUUAUCCUUUUUUUCUUUUAUUUCUAUGUAUAAAAUAGUAGAUUAUUCUUGUGAAAUUUGAUUUAUGAAGCCCAGGUAGUGGGAAAAGACUUAUUUUUUGUUGUUGAAUAAAGGAGUGGAGCACCAAAGCUUGGACUAAGAAUCUGUACUCAUAUAAUCUCAUCCCACCAGAGGUGAUUUAAUCUUUUUAAGAGAA